AUGCUAAGAGAUAAUGGCCAAUCGCAACCUAUCCUCUUGCAUAAGUGCUGGGAAAUACAUCCGGGUAAGACUGCCACUUCUUGUGACAGACUUAAAAGUUUUGCACUUUUUCUCUAUGCAGAAAUCUUGCCCUUUGUCCAUGUAAAAGAGCUUGCGUCCAAAAUAAACAGGCCAGCAGAGGUCAGCAGAGCUGUACUAUGCACAGAGCAGCCUACUGUUCUUGGACAAAUCCUUGCAGUUCUUUGUCUUCCUCCUCUUAUGGAUUACCUUGCAUAUGAUCGUGUGCCUAUUUUGCGUUUCAGGCAAGCUAUUGCAGGAUUUUUAUGUUCUAAAAAUGUUUAA